UCAUCUGUCAUUCGGGGGAGACAUGUUAGAACAGGAGGGAUACGCCCCUCGGUCGGUUGAGCCAUCUCUCGCACGGGCUCUUAGGGCUCGCCUCCGUUCCAUGAAGGAUGAGUGACGGAGUGAUGGAUCCCUAUUUGGUAUACACGACGAUGCCAUACGCCGCAAGCCACAAACCCGGUCCCGGGCAGCACUGCAGGCAAACUGCCAAGCUUGUGUACUUUGAGGCACUGUUGACAGGAUGUCCGAGGGAAUCCACACGGCGCUGGGAUGAGAAAAAGGUUUGGGAAGGUUUAUUCGUGCUAGAGACUUGGGUUUGCCUCGGGUUCGGAAUUUGGGACUUUCUGGUUUCUGGAUAGCAAACCAUACAAUUGAAGGUCACUCUUCUGGCAAGGCCGCGGGACCAUGCAGCAGAGUAAGCAUCGAUUUUACUCU